GGAAGGUGGUGGUUAAUUUUGUGCAGCUGCAACAAGUCUAGGUUCUCUAUCAGUAUUUGUUCUGCUGAUGCAUUCUAUUUGUUAGAUAGGAGUCACGAAGGCUAUCUGUGUCCAUGGGGUGGGGAAUUGGACUUCAUCUCCCAGUGAAAGGAGUGUCCAAGAAUUUGUGAAUAUAUUUUAAAACAACCACAGACAGAAACACUUACAGGAAUUCUACUGGCUGAAUGUCACUGCCGCCACAGUGGCUCAGAUUUGACUUUUAAAAAAGGAGCCUAUUCUUAUCAACAGAAGAGGAGAAUAUCAGGAAGUUAAUAUUUUUCACUUGUUCAGAUUCAGAGACAGUAAUUGUAAGUAUAAACAUGACAGCAUAGGCAGUUUGAAUCGCGGUGCGACGGAGUAGGUGGUGGGAUCUCACCGUGGGUCCGAUUAGCCUUUUCUCUGCCUUGCUUGCUUGAGCUUCAGCGGAAUUCGAAAUGGCUGGCGGUAAGGCUGGAAAGGACUCCGGAAAGGCCAAGACAAAGGCGGUUUCCCGCUCGCAGAGAGCCGGCUUGCAGUUCCCAGUGGGCCGUAUUCAUCGACACCUGAAAUCUAGGACGACCAGUCAUGGACGUGUGGGCGCGACUGCCGCUGUGUACAGCGCAGCCAUCCUGGAGUACCUCACCGCAGAGGUACUUGAACUGGCAGGAAAUGCAUCAAAAGACUUAAAGGUAAAGCGUAUUACCCCUCGUCACUUGCAACUUGCUAUUCGUGGAGAUGAAGAAUUGGAUUCUCUCAUCAAGGCUACAAUUGCUGGUGGUGGUGUCAUUCCACACAUCCAGAAAUCUCUGAUUGGGAAGAAAGGACAACAGAAGACUGUCUAAAGGAUGCCUGGAUUCCUUAUUAUCUCAGGACUCUAAAUACUCUAACAGCUAUCCAGUGUUGGUGAUUCCAGUGGACUGUAUCUCUGUGAAAAACACAAUUUUGCCUUUUUGUAAUUCUAUUUGAGCAAGUUGGAAGUUUAAUUAGCUUUCCAACCAACCAAAUUUCUGCAUUCGAGUCUUAACCAUAUUUAAGUGUUACUGUGGCUUCAAAGAAGCUAUUGAUUCUGAAGUAGUGGGUUUUGAUUGAGUUGACUGUUUUUAAAAAACUGUUUGGAUUUUAAUUGUGAUGCAGAAGUUAUAGUAACAAACAUUUGGUUUUGUACAGACAUUAUUUCCACUCUGGUGGAUAAGCUCAAUAAAGGUCAUAUCCCAAACUA